UUUGUCGUUGCCAAUCGUUAGAAUUUAUAAAAAAAAAAUGAAGUUACUUUGGUUGCUGGCGCAGUUCUUGGUGCUGCUCAGCUUUUACCCCGCCGUUCGCUGUCAACUGCAGUGCAAUGCAAUGUCGAGCACUCGGCAAAAGCGCAUUGUCAUACACAAUCCGGCAGCAGAGCAGCUCAACAAGCUGGACAGCUGCCAGUACGAGGUGGCGCCGUGGAGCGCACAGGUCUGUCAAGUGCGCAUCGAUUUCGAGCGCUUAGAGCUGCCGCAACCGCGCCUCAAUGCCAGCACGCAGCUGCUGGAGUGCGUCGAUUUUGUGCAGGUGCAGCGUUUUCAGCUCUGCGGCCGCAACAACGGACAGCAUCUGUACGUGCAACUGCAACGGGGCCAGACACUCAAACUGCACUUCAAAUUGGGCAGCCACUCACCGCAGUCCACGUGGCAGCUGACGCUAACACAACUCGAGUGUCCGCAGCAUACGCGGCAGCCAGCUGCUGCUGCUGCUGCGGCCCCCGUGCCCACUGCGCGCCCCCUGUUGCCCUUCCUUAGAAAUUUACUGCCACGCACCAUAUUUGGUGGCAAUGCUGGUGCUGGGCCAGCCGUGCAGCUGUUCCAGACGUUAACUGCGCCCUCGCAGGCUGAUCUGGAGCUAUUGGCACCCCUGGGCUGUGAUCAGUAUUGGCGCAGCUCGUCGGGCGGCAUUGUUAGCUUCAACUUUGCGGGCGGCGUUUAUAUGCCCGACCUGAAGUAUACCAUAUGUGUGGCAGGUGCUGCAAAUCAGGAGAUAAGCUACAACAUUGAACACUUUGCCUUAUCGAAAUUCAAUGAUGCACCUGGUGCUGGCUAUGACAUGGACUGUCACAGCACGGUUCGAACUUUGGGACGUGCUUCCGACUAUCUGUUAAUACCCAACUCAUAUAUGGCAAAUAAUCAGGCACUGCAGCCCACUUAUUAUUGCGGCAACGACCUGGCCGGCAACAAACUAAUCGCACGUCCGCCCUUUGUCAUGUAUUUCUCCAGCGAUGCGCAGACAAGUGCAUCCGAAACGGGCUUCCAAUUGACGUAUGCAGUUCAACCGUCGCAGUCAAAGUUCGAGCUGUGAAUUUCACCAAUAUUAACUUAAUCAAUGCACACAGUAAUAUGUAGAUUCAUCGAUACAAUGGAGCAAUUGGCUAUGGGGUACAGUUCGCUUUCAUUGCCACUGCGUUGCCUUAAUUAAAUAGCCCAGCACAUGGGCAUAAAGUCA